AUGCAAAAUUUAAUGAACCUUGGAGGCCCUAAAGCCGGCUCUGGCGGCGGUGGAAUUGCUGAUGAUCCUAUGGGCUUCGCAUCCCAUGCCAACUCUGAUUUGAAGCAAGCACAAACUAUGAAGAAAAUCAACGAUGUGAUCCCAGGAGACACGAAGCAAAAGAUGGCUAUUAUGAACAAAAUUAAUGAUGCUACCGGUGGUAAUGCCAUGAAGGUAAUUAUGCAAAUCAAAGAGAGCUCUUCCUCUCCUCAAGAAGCUUUCAGCAAAAUCCAGAGUCAAUUCAAAUUAUAA